AUGUUGCUCUCCAGACUUGCCCCCCUAGUCCUUCUCCCCUUCACCGCGGCCGCUGGCGUUCACAAGCUCAAGCUCCAGAAGGUCGCUCCUGCAGCGAGCAACCCCGAGCUCGAGAGUGCCUACCUCGCCGAGAAGUACGGUGGUUUCGCCCAGACCCCGCUCGUGGGCUCUGGCACUGGUCGCAACGUUCGUGUCUCGCGUCCUUCGAUCAAAGACGGCGAACAGCUCUACUGGACUCAGGAUGAGUUCAGCGUCGAGGGCGGUCACAAUGUUCCUUUGAGCAACUUCAUGAACGCCCAGUACUUCGCCGAGAUCUCUCUGGGAACUCCUCCCCAGACUUUCAAGGUCAUUCUCGACACCGGGUCCAGCAAUCUUUGGGUCCCUAGUGUGAAGUGCACCUCUAUCGCUUGUUUCCUACACACCAAGUUCGAUUCGGGCGCGUCUUCGACUUACAAGGCGAACGGGUCCGAGUUCAGCAUUCAGUACGGCUCGGGUUCUAUGGAAGGCUUCGUCUCGCAGGACACCAUGAGGAUUGGUGACAUCACCAUCCCCAAGACUGAUUUCGCGGAGGCUACCAAAGAGCCCGGACUCGCCUUCGCUUUUGGAAAGUUCGACGGUAUCCUGGGUCUGGCCUACGACACUAUCUCAGUCAACCACAUCGUCCCUCCUUUCUAUCAGAUGAUGCACCAGAAGCUUAUCGACAAACACGUAUUUUCGUUCCGUCUCGGCUCGUCAGAGGCGGACGGUGGUGAAGCCAUCUUUGGUGGUAUCGACGACAGUGCGUACACUGGCAAGAUUGACUACGUCCCGGUUCGCAGGAAGGCGUACUGGGAAGUCGAGCUCGAGAAGGUUUCUCUCGGUGAUGACGAGCUUGAGCUUGAGAACACUGGUGCUGCCAUCGACACUGGUACCUCUCUCAUCGCUCUCCCUACCGACAUGGCGGAGAUGCUGAACACUCAGAUCGGUGCCAAGAAGGGGUGGAAUGGCCAGUACACCGUUGACUGUGCCAAUGUUCCUGGACUUCCGGACUUGACUAUGUACUUCGGCGGCAAGCCGUACGUGCUCAAGGGUACCGACUACAUUUUGGAGGUCCAGGGCACUUGCAUGUCCUCAUUCACUGGCAUCGACAUCAACAUGCCUGGCGGUGGUUCCCUGUGGAUUGUCGGUGACGUUUUCCUUCGCAAGUACUACACCGUCUACGACGCGGAUCGCGAUGCCGUUGGGUUCGCUCUCGCGAAGUAA